AUGUCAAAGGAUAUAGUAGAUGAUACUAUUCAUGAAAAGGUAUUAUCAUAUCUUUCAGAGUAUGUAUCAAAAGGGCCUGAACUAAUUAAAAUAUUUGAAGAAUGGAAUAUACUGGAAAUAAUACGUAAAUGUAUCAUACAACAACACCUGCCACAAGAAGUACAAAAUCCACAGCAAGAUUAUAGAAUUAUCGCAUUGUCAAUUCGUUUAUUGGCAUGCUUAUUGCAACAUGAUGAUAAAGAUAAUAGUUCGUUAUUCCAUCAAUUAAUUAAUGAAUAUCUCGAUAUACUUGAUUUUAUUUUGGAAAAUUCAUUUGCCGAGGAGGGACUUACACGAUAUUCAUGUAUUGAAGCAUUACAGCAAAUAGUUACUUAUGAACAAGGAUCUAAUUGGCUUCUUGAAUCUGGAAAAAGUGCACAAGCUGUUUCUAAAUGUUUUAAUGAUACUAGCACUUAUGUUACUGCGUCAUCUUGUAAACUACUACUAUCAAUUAUAAAUAAUAAUUGCUUACCAUUCAGCAAAAAUUCAUUAUUGGAGCAUUUGAUAACCUCACUAGAUUUAUAUAAUAAACUAAAUGGUAUGUUGUAUGACUCUGAUAGUAGCAUUGAUGAUAGGUUGACAGUAUUACAAUUAAUUUGGACAUUGGUUGAUUCCAAAUCAAAUAAUGUCUUGGCGUUCUUGGUACAAAGUCAAUUGUUGACACGGUUAAAUAUAUUAUUAAUUAACAAUAAUAGAAUUGUAAGAUCUAGAACAAAUGAUAUUUUAUGCUCAAUAUUUGAAUGGGUUCCUGACCCAAUUCUAUUAUUUAGAAAUUAUUCAUUAAAUAUAAAUAAUGAAGAUCCAAUUUCUGAAAAUAAGAUGAUCUAUCCAUUAUUUAAUACUGACCCCUUGAAUUUUGAGAUGUUAACAAUGGCAGUAAAUGUUUUGAAUUCAUCAAUAAAAUUGAUUGAUCGAGCUGUUGUAAAAACUAUAAGAGAACAAUACAUAUCAAAUUUAAUAAACUUAUUAAUAUUUCUAAUUGGGCUUGCUAAUAACAAUAAUGAAUAUAUUGAUAGUAAGGAUGUUUGUGGUGAUAUUGAUAAUAAUAUGAAAUGUGAUGGUGAAGGAUUAAUACCUAAAAAUUUUGGAAUAUUAAAUGAAAAUGGAACUUAUAAAAAAGAAAAACUUUGCAAAUCAAAAGUUAUUAGUUUUAAGCAUAUUAUUUACAAUUCAAAAUAUCAUGCUCAGGUACAAUCAGAUAAUUAUAAUACAGAUCAACGUAUUUUGAAAACAGCACUUGGUAUUAUCCCAAUUGCUAUUUUCACGAAAAUCACAAAUGAUCAAAUCACUGAUGAAUUGACUAGUCUCUCGAUCAUAAAGAAUUUAUUACUAGAUUCAAAAACUGAAUGUCGUGGAAUAAUGUUAUUAUUGGAAACUAUGCAAAGUUUCAUAUUGAAUUCAACAAUGAGUAAAUAUAUAUUAAGUAAUAGACAUGGAAAAGAUUGGGCUGAUGCGAUCGUGUUCAAAGCAUGUGAUAUUCAUUGGGAAUCUAGUGAAAGAGCAGACGGAAGUAGUUGUGGAGUUGACUUUGUGAUUGGUUUUAAUUUACCACAAAUGGUCAUAGAAAAAAUUAAUGAUGAGGAAGCAUAUGUACGUGCUUCUUGUCUAAAAACCAUUCAGUCAAUAAUUAGAUGUCAAAGUAGUUGGCAACAUUUUGCCUUAAAGAAUUUACAUGAAAACAUUACAUCUGAAUUGCCUUUUAUGAUGAAGGAUAGCGAGGCAUUUGUGAGACGAGCAGCGAUGGAAUUAUUGAUUUCUCUUAUUGUAGAACGUAAAUAUGGUUCAAUGUUGUUGUUGGAUCGUAAUGCAGAAAUCAUGAAUCCGGAUGUUAUAGAAAAAAUUAUGGAAGAUCCAGAUUUUUAUGUAAGAAUAAAUGGAUGUAAAUUUUUAGAAGCAGUUUGGAAUCAUUUCAAGCAACACAAUGACAUUAAUGAUGAAUUGAUAUUAUCAACAAUUCCUGAUCAUAAAAAAAGCUUGAUAAUUAAUGGAUCAUCAUCAUUGUUGUUGCCAACAACAUUGAUAAAAGGAAAUGAGAGUGAAUUUUUGAUUGAUAAAGAUACUUCAUUCUUUUAUUGGUUGGCUGCUGAUAGAUUACUUAUUACAGCGGUUGAAGAUCCAAGUAGAUUGGUUCGCAGUGAAAUCUUUGACAUUCUUCAACGUAUGAAAAUGUUCCUUGAACAAACAAUAAUAUUUGAUGUUAUUAAAAACAAUAAAAACAAUGCUCAUAAUGAUAUUCCAAGUUCUUUAUCAUUAUUAGCACGAAAGCACUUGGAAUUUUAUCAAAAGAUAUGCAAGGUUGAUUUUGUUAGGUUAGAGAGUAAUAUUGAUACGGAGCAUUUAUACAAAGAAGCUUUAGAAUGUGUAAAUGCAGAAAUAAUUAAUAAUGGAAAUGAAGAAAAAGGAAAAAUAAUUGAUGAUAAUUCAAUGGAUUUUUAUGCUUCUUUCAAAGCCAUUGAAAGUGCAGAGAAAACCAACGAUACUCAAUGGUUAACUUAUUG